AUGGCAUGCGCCUCAGAUAGUGACAAUGUGUUCGGGCCCCGUAUCAACCCCGAGUGUCGUCCAUUUGAUUUUACUUUACUUUUCGAAGAUGGUUUCUUUGGGCUGCUUCCAGCUGCACUCUUCCUGGUCUUGGUCCCUCACCGAUUGCAAGUCCUUCGUUCUUCUCAAGUUAAGCUGAAUUCUUUCCAAUUGGCAUUGGUGAAGCUAAUUCUGCUGAUUGUUCUGUUGGUUCUACAUAUCCUAUACACAGCUUUGCGCGUCGAAGACCCGGAUCUUCAUACCCGCGUAGGACUUGCCUCGGGAGUUGUGAAUAUUAUUGCGACAGGUGCUGCAAUUUUGCUCUCAUUCCUCGAGGAUCAGCGCUCGAUCAAGCCAUCGGAUCUCCUAGUAGUCUACUACUCAACAGAAGUACUACUCUCACUACCGCAGCUUCGCUCGUUGUGGCAGAUUCCUACAGCCAGUGUUGCUUGUCGAGCAUUAUGGACGACCAUUCUCGUUUUCAAUACCGGAGUACUCAUCUCAGAGUCCAUACAUAAACCCCGUUUCUUACGGCCACUUCAUCAGAAAACAACCAGGGAAGGAAUAUUGGGGUUCUGGGGGCAAAGCUUCUUCAUUUGGGUGCUCCCGGUUCUUCAAAACGGAUACUCAAAAGUGCUGGGGAUUGAUGACAUCCCAGAAAUGGAUGCUGAUCAACAGGCACAAUUGACACAGGAAGAGCUAGAGAAGGCUUGGGAAGCAAGGACUGGCAAACAUCGGUUACUCCGUUCGACUUUCUAUGCCUAUCGGAGAAUGUUUCUGUCGGGAUUCGUGCCGCGUAUCUGUCUCACGGCCUUCAGCUUCUGUCAGCCAUUCCUCAUUACCGCCACAAUUGACUACGUACAAAACGAUAAGACGUCAGAGAGUAAGAGGCGCGGCCAAGCCAUUGUUGGGGCAUAUGUUCUGGUCUACUUAGGUUGGGCUAUCUCCACAGCGGUGUAUUGGCGCCAAACCAAUCGCUUCAACACCAAAGUUCGCUCUGGUUUAAUUGCUAUGGUUUUCAAUCAAACGUCUCGUCUGAAGGCCAGCGACAUCAACGAUUCCGCAGCGAUCACUCUCAUGGGAACCGAUGUAGAAAGGAUUGUACAGAGUCAGAAGACAAUCCACGAGACAUGGGCCACGAUCCUCGAAGUGGGUAUCGCAAUCUGGUUACUAGAGCGGCAGCUUCUCAUCGCCUGUGUAGUUCCAGCGAUUAUUGCAAUAGCUAAUGUGCCGACCGACUUUGCUCCGUUUGCCACCUUCGCCAUCUAUACAAUAAUCGCGGUCGCAACGCACCAUAAGACACUGCUUUCCAGUCAGGCUUUUACAUCGCUUUCGCUAAUAUCCCUCGUGACAAACCCACUCCUUACCUUUAUUCAGUCCGUCCCUGCUGUGCGGCAAGCGAUGGCUUGUUAUCUUCGCAUCGAGGAAUACUGUAAAAAGCAGACGGAAUUGCAUAACACGCGUACAGGGUCACCCGCGCCUUCAGCCACGAAUGAUGGUAUUGCAGUAGAGUUGCAAUCAGUCCAACCGAAAUCAGAAUCCGAGACUACCUCAUUCUCCUUCGAGCGAGCUGAUAUUGCAUGGUCUGAUACCAGCGAAAAUAAGCUUCACGACAUUACCUUGCGUGUCGGGUCAGGGAUUACUAUGCUGAUUGGGCCAGUGGGCUCUGGGAAAUCCACUUUACUCUCUAGUCUACUGGGGGAAACAGUGGUAAGUUCUGGAGAUGUACGGGUUGCAGAUUCUCAACUGGCAUAUUGUUUCCAAGUUUCUUGGAUUCUCGAUGAUACAGUUCGCCAAAACAUCAUCCUCGGGUCACUAUUUAAUUCCAAAUGGUAUGAGGUCGCUACAUGGGCUUGUGGUCUCAAGGAUGAGUUGUCAAAUAUGUCUGGGGGUGAUCUGUACCGUGCAGGUGCCAACGGCCUUUCGCUUAGUGGCGGUCAAAAGCAGCGCAUUGCGCUGUGCCGUGCUAUCUACUCGAGGAAAUGACUCAUGGUCCUGGACGACGUUUUUAGUGGUCUUGAUUUGAAUAAUACCAGCAUGAUUGCUACCCGUUUAUUCGGCCCAGGCGGAUAUUGUCGUAGAUAUGGGGUGACAGUUCUCCUUGCAACCCAUACAGAACAUCUACUCCAAUAUGCAGAUGAGAUUGUUAUUCUCGAAAGAGGCAGAAUCGUGCAGAACGGGUUGUUCGAAAAAGUGAUGCAACUCCACAAGCCCGCAAGCGUGCACAGGUCCCUAGUGAGCACUGAUGAAAUUGCUGGGCAUAUGGCUUCCGCGACUGAUGAGGACAAUGAGCUGAACAAUGAUACUGUGAAGGCUCUAGUUUCAGACUCACUGAGUCCUCUGCGACGCGAAGGGACCUGGUCGGUGUACAAUUACUAUUAUCAAAGUGCUGGGUUCAUUCCAUUUGCAACCUGUCUAGCUUUUAUUGUUGUGGAAGCAGUCAGUGGGGACUUUAAAACUCUGUGGAUCCAGUGGUGGGUGGAGGCAAACGAAGAGAGUCCUAACAAAGAUGUGGGUAUGUAUUUGGGAGUGUAUGCUGUCCUCUUCGUGAUACAGCUCGUAGGUACCGCAGGUGGAUUGUGGCUCCUUAUCAUGAAUGUAAUCAAUAACACUGCGUUGAAUCUGCAUACAGAUCUUCUCUCUGCGACGCUCAGUGCGCUGCUCAGAUUCUUUCAAGACACAGAAAUCGGGGCCUUGACAAAUAGAUUCAGUCAAGAUAUGGAGUUGAUUGACAUGAUGCUUCCUUUAGUGGCAUCUAUGUUCUUAACGGGAUUCGCAAGCUGCGUGGUCAAAUUGGUCAUUCUUUGCAUCGUCAGCAAAUACCUAGCAGUUGCUGUGCCGGCGCUUCUGGUCAGCCUAGUGAUCCUUCAGAGAUAUUACCUUCGCACUUCUCGGCAGGUACGACUGCUGGAUCUGGAAGCCAAGGCUCCGCUUUAUACGCAUUUCACGGAAGCCGUGCAUGGAGUCACCACUCUCCGUGCUUUCAGAAUGGAACGCUGGUUCCAGGAGAAGAUGCACAUGCUCCUUAAUAAAUCACAAGGGCCUCUUUAUAUGCUGUACUGCAUACAGCAAUGGCUGACACUCGUGAUGGGCUUGAUCGUUGCGGCGUUGGCAGUGAUUAUCGCGGCGACGACAACCUCUUUGGCCGACCAGUAUAACGGUGCUGCGGUCGGUGUUGCCCUUAGCUUAAUCCUAACCUUCAACAGCACACUUUCAAGCACUCUCCGAUCAUGGACUAGUCUUGAGACGAGCAUCGGGGCAGUUUCGCGAGUCCAACAAUUUGUGCAAGACACUCCUCGUGAGGCAAACAAUGACCUGAUGGGCAGUGUAGUCCCUCGGGCAUUGGGACAUUCUCAUUUUACAAUCGAGUUCGAUAACAUAACAGCAGCAUACGGGCCGCCGGUCUUGAAGAAUCUGUCGCUCAUGGUCCAUCCUGGCGAAAAGAUAGCAAUCUGCGGGGCAUCAGGAAGUGGGAAGUCAUCCAUAGUAAUGUCGCUUCUCCGUAUGAGCGAAAUCCAGUCCGGAAGAGUAUUAAUCGGCGGCUGCGACAUAUCAGGGCUCGAGAGACAAGCUAUCCACUCUGCUAUUAACGUCAUCCCACAAGACUUGUUUCUGCUCUCCGGCACUGUUCGCUUCAAUCUGGAUCCUCUUGAAAUGGCCACGGAUGAACGCAUCGCGUCUGCGCUCCGGAAGGUAGGACUCUGGAGUCGAAUCAGUGCCCACGGGGGGCUAGAUAUGGACAUGUCUUGUAUUUCAACCUGGUCAGUGGCGAAAGGCAAUUGCUUGCCCUCGCCCGGGCGCUUGUGGUCCCGCGGCCCAUUCUCGUCCUCGAUGAGGCGACUAGUAGCGUCGACCGAGAGACAGAAGCCCUUAUGCAAGAUGUUAUCGAGCAGGAUUUCCGCCAACAGACUGUGAUUUCUGUUGUUCAUCGCUUCGCUUAUGUCGAUCGGUUCGAUCGGAUAGCGUUCCUCAGGGAUGGGGAGAUGAUUGAAUGCGACACGCCGCAGGCAUUACUGGGACGGGAUUGCAAUUUCCGAGAGCUAUAUCGGGCCUGGAAGAGACUCUAG